AUGUUCUUGAAAAAGGUUCAGCAGCACACGUCGGCGGCUGCAGGUCAACGGACCGUGGACGAGCAGACAGCGAGAAUCCCAACACCCAAAAGGGCAUCGGCUUCGUCCGAGGCGAAGAAAGCUGUGGCGUUCAACGACAACAUGUGGCAUGGCGUGGAAAUGGCAGAAAUCAGCAACAUCCACCUUCGGAACAAAAAGAAAAACAGCCCGCAAGCACACACCAAAAGAGAGAGAGCCGCUCAAGAGAUGGCGCAGCGCGCAGCGAAAGACGCAUGCACGGAGAGGCGAAAGGAGGGGGAGGAGAGCAUGAGAGAAGAGCCGCAGAUGCAGAACGCUGGCUGGGUUGGGCUGGACUUUGCUCGGCUCCCUGGGAAGGGCCAGCAUCGUCUCCAUUCAGACGACAUCCUGGUACCUGUCGCACUCUUUCCCUUUGCAGAGACGACCUGUAAGAAAGGAUUUGAAGAGGCGAGAAAGCUGGGUCAACAACAUCUCAUGGUUGCUGGCUGCUGCAGCAGUGAGCUGUAA